AAUGCGCAUGCGCGUGGUUUCCGGAAGAUAAUCAAACCUAUAACUAACGCGGGGCUGAAUCAAUUCGGAGUGAGUUUAACACGUUUAUACUUGAACCUGUUUGAGAUGAUAGUGAAAUCCAAACGCGUAUAUAAUGAGACCAGUUUAAAUGUAAAGACGGCUGUAGACCUCUAAUCAGUGUUUAGAUACUGAGGUUCGAAUCAAAAGUGCUUUAACUUUGGAAAAUUAGUUAGCUAAACUGAAGCCCAGUUAGGAGUUCAACCAGUGGUUAACCAAACCGCCAACUACUGCAGUUCAACCAGUGUUUAACAAGAUCACUAACUAGUCCAGUUAUAGUGAGUCAACAGCUUCAAGAGUUCACAUCGGAGAAGACUGCUGGAGUUGGAAGAGAAAUGAAUCAACUGGAAUUGAUCAAAGAUGAAGAUGAAGAUUUGGACGAGUUGAUGAAUGCCAGGGAUGACCCCAACGGCAACAACCCACACAAGUCGGUCUCCCCAGGUCCGGGGGAACACCCACUCCAAUACAACUACAGUCUGUGGUUUAGCAGAAGGACUCCUAGCAGACCGGCCAGCAUCCAAAGCUACGAGCAGAACAUCCGACAGAUUGCCACAGUUGCCUCUGUGGAACAGUUCUGGAAGCUGUACAGUCAUCUGAUUCGACCUGGAGAUCUAACGGGACACAGUGACUUCCACCUCUUUAAGGAAGGGAUCAAACCGAUGUGGGAGGAUGAUGCAAACCGAAGUGGGGGCAAGUGGAUCAUCCGUCUUCGUAAAGGGCUGGCGAGUCGUUUCUGGGAGAACAUCAUCCUGGCCAUGGUGGGGGAGCAGUUCAUGGUGGGGGAGGAGGUCUGUGGCGUGGUGGUGUCCAUACGCUUCCAGGAAGACAUCUUGUCCAUCUGGAACCGGACGUCCAGCGACCAGACCACAACGUCCCGCAUCCGAGACACUCUGAGACGAGUCUUAAACCUUCCUCCCAACACCAUCAUGGAGUAUAAAACGCACAACGACAGCAUCAAGGAUAACUCCAGUUUCAGAAACACCAAGAUCACCCUGUGAGGAGACCAACACAUGAACCAGAUUGUGGAAACGGAUUGUGGUGGAUGAUGAAUGCAUGGCAUGUGAAAUCAAGAGCGGAUGGAUGUAUGUAUGUUUGAAUGAAUGAAUGACAGUACAAAUGAAUGACAGAGGACGUGAUUUUCAUCUGACUUGUGAUCUUAUUAUUAAUUAAAGCAGCUGUUAAACAAG